AUGAACUACAUGUUCCUAAAACAGUGUGUAGAGAGUCGCCCAUUUGCUCCAAUCCAGCAGGACUGGUUGGAUUCGAUUGUUGCCCGAGUUCCACCUAAACUCAUAAAGAGCCCUGAGACAAAUCAGCUACUACAGGAGCUGUGCAUGGAAGUCAGUGAGGAGUUCUGCAGUGUGAUGGUCAAACACGGAGCAGGCACAGUAUUAAAGAAUCGACAGACAGCAGGACUGAACUCAGAAAAACAGAGUGCAACCCAACCAGAAAUUCUUGAUUUCUCCACACCAUGGCGAGAAAGCUUCAUCAGAAGUCGCAGGAUCAUAAAGACACAUUUACACAUUCUUCAUCCUGUAAUGCAAACUAUGUUGGAUAUUGGCUACACAACAUUUUCUCCAGUGGUCCUAGUUGAUUUGUCAGAAUUCAGAGCGUCAGGACCUGUGGACUGUAAGAGCCUUCAGAACAAAAUGGCUGUGGAGUGUAAGAGGGCAGAAGAUCGCAUUAUGAAUACCUGGUUUCCCAAAGUCAUCCACUUGUUAACAAAUAGGGAAACACUGAACGGAGUUAAAGAGCAGAAACUUGAUUCCUUCUACAACUGUGCGUCCACAUUAAUAUCUAAUCAGUUGAAAUCCCUGCUUCAGACAAGUGUGGAAGUGUUCGCCAGCGUCUUUGAUCCAAGCAAUCAUCACUGCUUGCCAAUCUUUCGUAUGGCUUUGACAUUUGAUGAUGAAAAGAUGGAAAUUUACCCAACCUUACAAGAUCUGGAAUCUGCUGUUUUUGAGAUUCUUAAUGCCAUAACGAAUACACUACAGAAGGUACAGACUGUCCAGUCUUGGUUGGCACAAACCACAUCUUCAUUUGUGGAUGCCAAGGUGGCUGAUCACAUCCUCUCUCAGUCACACAUUACUGUGAGAGAUGCUGUGCGCAAAAAUCUAGAGGAACCGGACAAACAUUUUCAGAGCUAUGUUGAGAGCUAUGACUGGCUAGUCAAUGGAACUGCACAGGGUCAGGUAGAGAAGUUUAUGGAGGAGGAACACUCUUUUGAUGAGUACACUAAGCAAGUGGAGGAGUUUCGUGAUCUGUCAAAGGAGAUUAUCAGUCUCCCGUCAAAAGCCCGCUUCACAAUGGUCCAUCUGGACUGUGAAGAGCUGAAACAAGGGCUAGCCAACAAAGCCAAUACCUAUGCUGAAAUGCUUCUGAAUAAACUAGUCAUCAGCCACCGUGAGCAAAAUCUACAGAUCUGCAAUGACUUUGAAACCAUCAGAGAGAAAGCUCUGAAAGUCCCAGAGAAUACAGAAGAAAUGGCUGAGAUGGAUGAAUACAUCAACUUUACUAAGACAAAGGGGACUACAGAACUUCAAGAAAAAAUAAUGGAAGCCCACUGCAGACUUAGCUAUCUCCUGACUGCCCAUAUCAUUGGGCCUGAAGAUCUGGAGCUUAAUUCAACAGUUUUUCUCUGGCCAAAAAACAUCCUUCAUGUAUUUGAAGCCAAUGAUGAGGUGAUGCAGAAGGCCAAGAAGAAAGGGGAGCAAGAGCUGAUUGCUAAGAGAGAACAACUAAUAGUGCAGCUGGAAAAGUUGGGGCGCAGGAUAGAAGAGUUCCCACACUGCUCUGAGCUGGAUAUGAUGCAGCAGUAUGUUGCAGAUGUCAGAUCAGUUCAGAAACUUCUCCAGGAGGCGGAAGAAUAUAUUGUCCUUAUUAACAAAGAGGAAGCCUUUUACAAAUUGGACCUAACAAGUUACCCAGAAGUUAACGUCAUCAAGGAGGGUAUUGAACCAUACCAGAAGCUGUUUGGAUUUGUCCUGAAGUGGCAGCACACAGAGAACAGAUGGAUGAUUGGUCCAUUCCAGGACCUAGAUGGCGAGAGCAUGGAGGUAAAAGUAGAUGAAUUUUUUCGGGAGAUUUUCAAGAUGGUUAAGUUUUUCCAACAGAAACAGAAUAAGGCCGCGCAAGAGAUGGAGAAGAUUUCUGGGAGGACUAAGAGACGACCGAGUGAGGAUGAUCCGAGGAAGCAGGAGAGCCCCACAAUAACUCUGUGUUCCACCAUAAUGGAGCAGAUCAAUGAGUUCAAGGAGCAUAUCCCUCUAGUGUCGAUCCUGUGUAACCCAGGCAUUAGAGCUCGCCACUGGGACCAGAUGUCAGCGAUAGUUGGGUAUAACCUCAAUCCUGAAUCUGGUACAACACUACAGAAAGUUCUCAAACAAAAUCUGGCUCCUUACCUGGAAGAGUUUGAGUCCAUCAGUGCUGCUGCUAGCAAAGAGUUUUCCCUGGAAAAAGCGAUGCAAACCAUGGUGCAUGUUUGGGAUGAUGCGUCCUUCCACCAUCAACUUUACAGGGAGACUGGUGUGUCCAUCUUGACUGCCUUGGACGAUAUUCAGACGAUGCUAAAUGACCAGAUUGUGAAGACUCAGACUAUAAGAGGCUCGCCAUUCAUUAAACCCUUUGAAAAAGAAAUCAAGUCAUGGGAGGAGCGUCUGCUUCGUAUCCAGGAUACCAUAGAUGAGUGGCUGAAGGUACAGGCCCAGUGGCUUUACCUGGAGCCCAUCUUCUCGUCUCAGGACAUUAUGCAGCAGAUUCCAGAAGAGGGACGACUUUUCCAAACUGUUGACAGAAACUGGAGAGAGGUCAUGAAACACUGUGUUAAAGAUCCUAAGGUUCUGCCAGCAACCUCACUACCUGGUUUGCUAGAGAAACUGCAAGAUUCCAAUACCCUCCUUGAUAACAUUAUGAAGGGUUUGAAUGCCUAUCUGGAGAAGAAACGUCUCUUUUUUCCUCGGUUCUUCUUCUUGUCCAAUGAUGAAAUGUUGGAGAUUCUGUCCGAGACCAAGGACCCACUGCGAGUGCAGCCUCAUCUAAAGAAAUGCUUUGAGGGUAUUUCUAAAUUGGACUUUCUACCCAAUCUGGAUAUACAGGCCAUGUAUAGCAGUGAAGGAGAGCGUGUUCCGCUAAUCCAGCACAUCUCUACUUCUGAAGCCAAAGGAGCUGUGGAGAAGUGGCUGGUUCAGGUGGAGGAUGUGAUGCUUCGCAGUGUCAGAGAUGUAGUCGCCCGGUCCAGGGUGGCCUACGCUCAGACUGCACGGAACCAGUGGGUCAAGGAGUGGCCUGGGCAGGUUGUGCUCUGCACCUCACAGAUUUUCUGGACUUUGGAGGUUCAUGAGGCCAUCAGAACAGGGGCGGAUGGUUUAAAGAACUACUAUCAGCAACUCCAGAGUCAGCUGAACGACAUUGUGGAGCUGGUGAGAGGAAAACUGCCGAAGCAAACGCGGACUACUUUGGGAGCACUUGUCACAAUCGAUGUCCAUGCCAGGGAUGUAGUCAUGGAGCUUAUCGAGAAAGGUGUGUCACAUGAAACUGACUUCCAGUGGCUAGCCCAGCUACGUUACUACUGGAGCAAUGACAAUGUUCGUGUUCGCAUAAUCAACUGUGAUGUUAAGUACGCUUAUGAGUACCUGGGGAACUCUCCACGUCUGGUCAUCACUCCUCUGACUGACAGAUGCUAUCGAACCCUGAUCGGAGCUUUCUACUUGAAUUUGGGCGGUGCACCUGAGGGUCCGGCUGGAACAGGGAAAACUGAAACCACCAAGGAUCUAGCGAAAGCUCUUGCUGUACAGUGUGUGGUCUUUAACUGUUCAGAUGGACUGGACUAUCUUGCUAUGGGAAAAUUUUUUAAAGGUCUAGCUUCGUCUGGUGCGUGGGCAUGCUUUGAUGAAUUCAACCGUAUUGAGCUGGAGGUGCUAUCUGUAGUGGCUCAGCAAGUUCUCUGCAUCCAGAGAGCCAUCGAGCAGAAGCUGGAGUACUUUGACUUUGAAGGAACCAUGCUCAAACUCAAUCCCAACUGCUUUGUGUCCAUAACAAUGAACCCUGGCUAUGCAGGACGCUCAGAACUCCCAGACAACCUCAAGGUGUUGUUCCGAACAGUGGCCAUGAUGGUCCCCAACUACGCACUGAUAGCAGAGAUCUCUUUGUAUUCAUACGGCUUUCUCAAUGCCAAACCGCUCUCAGUGAAGAUAGUGAUGACCUACAGGCUUUGUUCAGAGCAGCUCUCUUCUCAGUUCCAUUAUGAUUAUGGCAUGAGGGCUGUCAAAGCAGUGCUUGUGGCUGCAGGAAACCUCAAACUCAAGUAUCCAGAUGAGAAUGAGGACAUUCUGCUCCUGAGAUCUAUAAAAGAUGUUAAUGAGCCCAAGUUUCUCUCCCAUGAUAUUCCACUGUUCAAUGGAAUCACCAGCGAUUUGUUCCCAGGCAUCUCUCUUCCACAGGCUGACUAUCAGCUGUUUCAAGAGGCUGCUGAAGAGUGCUGUAAAAACCACAAUGUACAGCCGACAGAGGUCUUCUUACAAAAGAUGAUCCAGACAUAUGAGAUGAUGAUAGUCAGGCAUGGGUUCAUGCUGGUGGGAGAGCCUUUUGCUGGGAAAACAAAAGUGCUGCACGUUCUAGCCGAUGCUCUGAACUAUAUGAACAAAAGAGGGGACGGUCUGGAGGAGAAGGUCAUCUUUAGGACAUUGAACCCAAAGUCAAUAACAAUGGGACAACUUUUUGGACAGUUUGACCUAGUUUCCCAUGAGUGGACUGAUGGGAUUGUUGCCAACACAUUUCGUGAGUUUGCAUCAGCUGACACACCGGACCGUAAAUGGGUGGUAUUUGAUGGUCCAAUAGAUACACUAUGGAUUGAAAGUAUGAACACUGUGCUAGAUGACAACAAAAAGUUGUGCCUGAUGAGUGGUGAGAUCAUUCAGAUGUCCAGUCAGAUGAGUCUGAUUUUUGAAGCAAUGGACCUAUCACAAGCCUCUCCUGCCACAGUGAGUCGAUGUGGUAUGAUCUACAUGGAACCGUCUCAGCUGGGCUGGAAUCCCUUGGUGAUCUCCUGGAUGAACACUCUUCCUGAUGCUCUGCAGACCCCUGACAGUCGCUCCCUGCUGCUGGAGCUCUUCCACUGGCUCGUGCCACCUGCCCUUAAGACGCUGCGUAAACACUGCAGAGUGAGUGGCUCCAUCCCCAGAUCUAGACUCAAACAUCUGAAGACGAUGAAGGCGUUUUGUCAUGCUAGACUAUUCAUUGCACCUCCAUGCAAGUGUUUUUGUAUUUGCACAUUCUAUUUCAGUCAAAUUGUAUGACACUUCUCUUUCUUCUUGCAGGCAGCCUUUGCUUUCUCCCUGGUGUGGUCUGUGGGUGGCAGCUGUGACGCAGACAGCAGAGAGAAGUUCAGUGAGUUCUUCAGGGUGACUGUUUCAGGAAAAACAACAGAAUAUCUGAUCCCUGAAACAGUGGGAAAAUGGGAGUGUCCAAUGGAUGAUAAAGGCUUGGUGUAUGACUAUUUUUACGAGUUCAAAGGAAAAGGCAAAUGGAUUCACUGGAAUGAUGCCAUUAAAAAUGUCAACCUGGGGGACAAAAACACCAAAGUGCAAGAGAUCAUUGUACCUACCAUUGACACAGUUCGCUAUACCUACUUGAUGGACCUCUGCAUCAGCUAUGGAGUCCCUUCCCUGUUUGUUGGUCCUACUGGCACUGGGAAGUCACUCUACGUGAAGGAGAAACUGAUGAACAAUCUGGACAAAGAUUGCUACCUACCCUUCUUUAUCAACUUUUCAGCCCGCACUAGUGCAAACCAAACCCAAAAUAUCAUCAUGUCCAGGUUAGACAAGAGAAAGAAGGGGGUGUUUGGACCGCCCAUAGGAAAAAAGUGUGUCAUCUUUGUAGAUGACAUGAACAUGCCUGCACUGGAGCAGUUUGGAGCACAGCCCCCUGUGGAGCUUCUUCGACAGUACAUGGACCAUGGAAACUGGUAUGACCUGAAGGACACCUCCAGGAUCACCCUGGUUGAUCUGCAGCUCAUUUCAGCUAUGGGGCCCCCUGGUGGCGGAAGGAAUGCUGUGACAUCUCGCUUCUUGCGACAUUUUAACAUUUUUAGCAUUAAUGCCUUCAGUGAUGACACUAUGGUUUGCAUUUUCUCCAACAUUAUGGCCUUCUAUCUCAAAAACAAAGAAUUCCCACCUGCAUUUUUCACUGUUGGCAACCAAAUAGUGACAGCUACAAUGGAAGUGUAUAAGAAAGCAAUGGAGAACCUGCUUCCAACUCCGGCCAAGUCUCACUACACCUUCAACCUACGGGACUUCUCACGUGUUAUCCAAGGGUGCCUGCUGCUGAAGAAGGAGUCUCUGGAAAAUAAACGCACUAUGAUACGGCUGUUUGUCCACGAGGUCUUCCGUGUCUACUAUGACCGUCUGGUGGAUGACAAAGAUCGAGCAUGGCUCUACAAGCUGAUGAACAGCAUCCUCAAAGAUCACUUCAGAGAGUCCUUUGACCAGGUCUUUGAUCACCUGAAACAAGGCAGUAAGCUUGUUGAAGAAGACAUGCGAAAUCUUCUGUUUGGUGACUACAUGAACCCUGAGCUCGAGGAUGAUGAGCGCUUGUACACUGAGGUACCCUCAAUGGAUACCUUUGCUGAGGUGGUGGAGUCAUGUCUUGAUGAAUACAACCAGAUGCACAAAAAUCGAAUGAACCUCGUCAUCUUCCGCUAUGUCUUGGAGCACUUGUCCCGUAUCAGCCGAGUGUUAAAGCAGCCGGGAGGCAAUGCCUUGCUAGUGGGAGUGGGAGGCAGUGGACGCCAGUCCAUCACCCGCCUGGCCACAUCUAUGGCCCACAUGACCAUGUUCCAGCCUGAGAUCUCUAAGAGCUACGGCAUGACUGAGUGGAGAGAUGACCUCAAGAUGCUCCUGAAAAAUGCUGGGGUGAAAGGACAGAAGACAGUGUUUCUGGUAACAGAUGCUCAGAUCAAAGAUGAGGCUUUUCUAGAAGAUGUGGACAGUGUCUUGAACACAGGAGAGGUGCCCAAUCUGUUUGCCAUUGAUGAGAAACAAGAGAUUAUGGAGUCAUUACGUCCCAUUGCCCAGGCUGGUAAUAAGAAUUUGGAGUUGAGCCCUUUGACCCUGUUUGCCUUCUUCGUGGCACGCUGCAGAGAGAACCUGCACAUUGUUGUGGCCUUCAGUCCUAUUGGAGACGCCUUUCGAAAUCGCCUGCGUCAAUUUCCAUCUCUUAUUAACUGCUGUACCAUUGACUGGUACCAGCCAUGGCCAGAGGAAGCUCUUGAGAGAGUAGCCAACUCCUUCCUGGAGUCACUGGAGAUGAGUGAAAAUGAGAGGCAGGAGGUCGUACCCAUCUGCAAAACAUUCCAUACGUCUGUCAAACAGCUCUCACAGAGAUUCCUCUCUGAGCUAGGUCGACAUAAUUAUGUGACACCCACAUCCUACCUGGAGCUGAUUGCAGCUUUCCGUCUACUGCUCACUCAGAAAAGAGAAACUGUCAUGAAGGCGAAACAGAGGUAUACCAAUGGUCUGGAUAAACUAGCCUUCGCUGAAUCUCAGGUGGGUGAGAUGAAGAGGGAACUGGUAGACCUACAACCCAAACUGGAACAGGCAAAGAUAGACAACACCAAAAUGAUGAAGGUAAUUGAAGUAGAGUCUGUGGAGGUGGAAGCCAAGAGUAAAAUUGUGCGCGUUGAUGAGGAGGCGGCGACUGUAAAAGCAAAUGACGCUCAGGCCCUGAAGAACGAGUGUGAGAGUGACUUGGCUGAAGCCAUUCCCGCCCUGGAGGCUGCUCUCUCUGCUUUGGACACUUUAAAGCCCUCUGAUGUCACGAUUGUGAAGUCAAUGAAAAAUCCACCAUCAGGGGUGAAGCUGGUGAUGGCAGCUGUGUGCGUGAUGAAGGAUAUAAAGCCAGAUAAGAUAGCUGACCCAGCCGGGACAGGAAAAAAGGUUUUUGACUACUGGGGUCCAAGCAAGAAGCUACUGGGUGAUAUGAACUUUUUACGAGAUCUUAAAGAAUAUGACAAAGACAAUAUUCCUGUCCCUGUGAUGCAAAAAAUCCGUAGUCAGUACAUGACUAAUCCUGACUUUGACCCAAGUGUUGUGGCAAAAGCCUCCUCUGCAGCAGAGGGCCUGUGCAAAUGGAUCAAAGCAAUGGAGGUUUAUGACAGGGUAGCAAAGGUCGUAGCCCCUAAGAAGGCCAAACUUGCAGAGGCACAGGAGUCCCUAGCUGCUACCAUGGCCCUGUUAGACCUGAAAAGAGCUGAACUAAAGGAGGUUGAAGACCGCUUGGCUGCCCUCCAGAAAACUUUUGAGGAGAAAACAGAGGAGAAGGCCCAGUUGGAAAUCCAGGUGGAUUUGUGUGCCAGGAAGCUGGAGAGGGCAGAAAAACUCAUUGGCGGUCUUGGUGGAGAAAAGACCAGAUGGUCUAAAGCAGCAGAUGACCUUCAGAACACAUAUGACAACUUGACUGGAGAUGUUCUUAUCUCUGCUGGUGUCAUCGCAUAUUUGGGGGCUUUCACUGCUGGCUUCAGACAAGACUGCACCAAGUUAUGGACCAAACUCUGCCAAUCUAAGAACAUUCCAUCAUCAGAUGACUUCUCUCUCAGUAAAACCCUGGGAGAUCCUAUUAAGAUUAGGGCUUGGAACAUCGCAGGCCUUCCCAGUGACUCUUUCUCUAUUGACAAUGGUGUCAUCGUCAGUAAUUCUCGUAGAUGGCCUUUGAUGAUUGAUCCUCAGGGUCAAGCCAACAAGUGGGUGAAGAAUUCAGAGAAAGAUGAUAACCUGAGUGUAAUCAAGUUAACAGAUGCGGACUACAUGAGAACUCUGGAAAACUGUAUUCAGUUUGGAACACCAUUGCUGCUGGAAAAUGUAGGAGAAGAGCUGGAUCCUUCUCUGGAACCAUUGCUGCUCAAACAAACCUUCAAACAAGGUGGCGUGGAUUGCAUCAGGCUUGGGGAGAGUGUGAUUGAGUACUCCAGUGAUUUCCGUUUCUACAUCACCACAAAGCUCAGGAAUCCCCACUACCUGCCAGAACUGGCUACCAAAGUGUCCCUGCUCAAUUUUAUGAUCACCCCAGAAGGCUUGGAGGAUCAGCUGCUGGGGAUUGUGGUUGCUAAGGAGAGGCCAGAACUGGAAGAGGACAGAAAUGCAUUAAUCCUGCAGUCAGCCGACAAUAAGAGGCAACUAAAGGAGAUUGAAGAUAAGAUCCUGGAGACCCUGCAGUCCUCUGAGGGGAAUAUCCUAGAGGAUGAAAGUGCCAUUCAGAUUCUAGACUCAGCAAAGAUCAUGUCUAAUGAGAUUACAAAGAAACAGCAGAUCGCAGAGAAGACAGAGAUCAAGAUAGCAGAGUCCAGAGAGGGUUACAGAGCUAUUGCCAAACACUCAUCCAUCCUAUUCUUCAGUAUUGCUGACCUGACCAACAUAGACCCAAUGUACCAGUACUCUCUCAGCUGGUUUGUUAACCUCUACAUUAACUCUAUACAAAACAGUAACAAAUCCAAAAAUCUGGAGAGGAGGCUUCAAUUCCUAAUUGAUCAUUUCACCUAUAACCUGUACUGCAACGUCUGUCGUUCUCUGUUUGAGAAGGACAAACUUCUCUUCUCCUUCCUUCUUUGCUGCAAUCUACUCCUAGCAAAGGAGGGGAUAGAAUACUCUGAUUUCAUGUUCUUGCUGACUGGGGGAGUGGGCCUGCAGAACACCAUUGCUAACCCUGACCCCAGCUGGCUACAGGACAAGAGCUGGGAUGAAAUCUGCAGAGCCAGUGAACUGCAUGGCUUACAAGGAAUAAAAGAGGCUUUCAUCAAGAGUCCAGGAGACUUCAAGCCAAUUUAUGACAGCAAAGAGCCGUGCAACGUUGCUCUGCCUGCACCGUGGUGUGAAAAACUGAAUGACCUGCAAAAGAUGAUCAUUGUUCGCUGUCUGCGGCCUGAUAAGAUAGCCCCAGCUAUCACUAAAUAUGUGACCGGAAAUUUGGGGAAGAGAUUCGUCCAGCCCCCUCCCUUUGACCUGAGCAAAAGUUAUCUGGACUCCAACUCCACCACCCCACUUGUGUUUGUGCUGUCUCCAGGAGCUGAUCCCAUGGCUAGCUUACUGAAGUUUGCCAGUGACAAGAACAUGGGUGAUAAAAAGUUCCAGUCUAUCUCUCUGGGUCAGGGCCAGGGGCCCAUCGCUGCUAAAAUGAUAUCCACAGCCAUGGAGGAUGGAACAUGGGUGUGUUUGCAGAAUUGUCAUCUCGCUGUUUCCUGGAUGUCAACCCUCGAGAAAAUCUGUGAGGACUUCAGUCUGGUAACAUGCCACCAAGACUUCCGCCUCUGGCUCACUAGCUACCCUUCAUCCAAGUUUCCAGUGACCAUCCUGCAGAAUGGGGUGAAAAUGACAAAUGAGCCCCCGACAGGACUUCGACUGAACCUGUUACAGUCUUACUUGUCAGAUCCUGUUUCUGAUCCAAACUUCUUCAAUAACUGUCCCAAUAAGGAGAUGGUUUGGGAGAAACUCCUCUAUGGAUUGUGCUUCUUCCAUGCUCUUGUUCAGGAGAGGAAAAAGUUUGGUCCACUGGGUUGGAAUAUUCCCUAUGGCUUCAAUGACUCUGACCUCCGUAUAAGCAUCAGACAGCUACAGUUAUUUGUGAAUGAAUAUGAUGAGGUGCCCUUGGAGGCCAUAACUUAUCUGACCGGGGAGUGUAACUAUGGUGGCCGUGUAACAGAUGAUUGGGAUAGGCGGCUGCUAAUGACAAUCUUGGCCGACUUCUACAACAAGAACGUCAUAGUGAGAUGUCAUUACCCUUUCUCACCUAAUGGUGAAUAUUAUGCUCCACCUAAAUCAUCCUAUGAGGACUACAUUCUGUUUAUCAAGGAACUUCCAUUCAGUCAGAAUCCAGAGGUGUUUGGGAUGCAUGAAAACGUCGACAUUUCUAAAGACUUGCAGCAAACAAAACUGCUGUUUGAUUCGUUGCUGCUCACUCAGGGUGGAGGGGCUAAAGGAGGGGCUGCCUCUGGCAGCGACAACACCCUGUACGAUAUCGCCAAUGACAUUCUAACAAAGCUACCAGCUAAUUUUGACACAGAGGCAGCUCUCUUGAAGUUCCCAGUGCUCUACGAAGAAAGUAUGAACACUGUCCUCGUCCAAGAGAUGGAGCGAUACAAUGCGUUGUGUAGUACAAUUCGUGUGAGUCUACAAAACCUGUUGAAGGCUAUUAAGGGCUUGGUGGUGAUGGAUGCAGAGCUUGAGGCGGUUGCGAGCAGUUUGAUGGUGGGGAAGGUUCCAGAAAAAUGGGCCAAGCGCUCUUACCCGAGCCUCAAGCCUUUGGGCAGUUACAUUAACGACUUUCUCUCAAGGCUCAAGUUUUUGCAGGUUUGGUAUGACACCAGUAAGCCCAGUGUGUUCUGGCUGUCUGGGUUCUUCUUCACCCAAGCCUUCCUUACCGGGGCUAUGCAAAACUACGCCAGGAAGUACUGUGUCCCCAUUGACCUGCUGGGCUUUGAUUUUGAGGUUCUUUCCAUUGAUGGGUCAGACACAGCACCUGAGGACGGUGUUUACAUUAAUGGACUGUUUCUGGAUGGAGCUCGAUGGGACAAAGGAAGUGGUGUUCUGGCUGAGCAACACCCCAAAGUCCUCUUUGACUUGAUGCCCAUCAUCUGGAUAAAACCUACUCAAAAGAAAAGCAAUGAUCAGCCUCAGAAACUGUAUAUUUGCCCUCUCUACAAGACCAGUGAGAGGAAGGGCACCCUCUCUACCACAGGCCACUCCACCAAUUUUGUCAUUUCCAUGAUGUUGCCUAUCGACACGCGCCCACAGCACUGGAUUAAGCGUGGUGUGGCCCUGCUCUGCCAGCUUGAUGACUAAGAUCAGAUAACGCAGGCCUGAAGACUCGAUUGCUUUUCUGCGGCACAUCUCGAUGCUACUUUGAUACCUUGUUUUCAACUCUGUGUUCCUCAUAAAUGCAAAAUGAAACAUGAUGUCUAUUUUUGACCAA